AUGCUGGCGGCCGGGGCCGGCGGGCUGCCGCCGCCGCCGCCGCGGCUGGCCGCCUCGUUCCUGUUCCCGCUGCUGCUGGUGCUGGUGCUGCCGCCGCCGCCUGCACCUCGCGCCGCAGAAGGGGCCAGCCUGGCGGAGAACGUCAUCUGGGCCGUGAACUCGGGCGGGGAGGCCCAUGUGGACGUCCACGGCAUCCAUUUUCGGAAGGACCCGCUCGAGGGACGGGUGGGACGAGCCUCCGACUAUGGCAUGAAGCUUCCAAUCUUGAGAUCCAACCCAGAAGAUCAGAUUCUUUACCAGACAGAACGCUACAACGAGGAAACAUUUGGUUAUGAGGUCCCCAUCAAGGAGGAGGGCGACUACGUUCUUGUGCUGAAAUUUGCGGAAGUCUAUUUUGCACAGUCCCAACAGAAGGUGUUUGAUGUGCGUUUGAAUGGCCACAUGGUGGUGAAGGACUUGGACAUCUUCGACAGAGUCGGACACAGCACAGCCCAUGAUGAGAUUAUUCCAAUCAGCAUCAAGAAGGGGAAGCUGAGUGUCCAGGGAGAGGUUUCAACGUUCACAGGGAAGCUUAACAUUGAGUUUGUCAAGGGGUACUACGAUAAUCCAAAAGUCUGUGCACUAUACGUCCUCCGAGGAACCAUGGAUGAUGUUCCAAAGCUGCAGCCCCACCCAGGCCUAGAGAAGAAAGAGGAGGAAGAAGACGAAGAGGAAUAUGAAGAAGGCUCCAGCACUAAAAAGCAGACAAAUAAGAACCGGGUCCAGUCGGGCCCCCGCACACCAAACCCCUAUGCCUCGGACAAUAGCAGCCUCAUGUUUCCUAUCUUAGUGGCCUUUGGCGUCUUCAUUCCGACUCUCUUCUGCCUGUGCAGGUUGUGAAAAAUGAGACACAGCAGGGCUGGCUGCAGGUCAGAGACGAGAGUCAGGCCAAGCAUGGAGGCUGUUUUGGCUUCCCAGUGUUUCAGAUAAUUUAAGGAAAAUAAAGGUUUGUUGAGGAGCAGCCGGUACAAUAAAGGGAGAGUUCGCAUCGCCCGCUUUGGGGAAGGCCUCCUUCCCCUUCUCUCUCAGCAGAACCUUUGGGUCUCAUCCAGCUGUCCUAUGAGCAGCUGCCUUUCCUGUCCAGAGAGUCUCAAAGCUCAGCCUGCCUACGUCUGGCUGUCCGAUGCUGAGGAACUGCAUUCCCAAUGAAAAGCAAGAUGGAGCCAGAGAGGGGGAAGGAAACGCAACGGAGGAGGCACAACUGCUUACUGCAGCAGACUUUGUCACUGAGCAUCCUUGGCAAGGAUCCAGGCGUUUGUGCUGGAACUGCUGGGGGGCUGGACUGGCUUCUUGACCUCUGCUGGAAUGUUUGUAACUCAACACACGGUACUUCCUUUCUGUUCUGAACGAGAAACGGUUCACCUUUGUUGAUCGGUCUCUGGGUUUAAAAGCCUGUGGCGACUGGAACAGGGCGAACCAGUUGGCCUGGCUCAGCUGCCCUGCCUGGGAGAAACGUCCUUUCCAUGGUCACUGUAGCUUCUAACCUGACCUGUUGCCCUGGGAAAGGUCCCGCUUCAGGCAGGCCGUUUUCUGUGUUGUCAUGGCAACUCUGACACAGCAACCUUGGCUUGUCCUUGGGGGGGAUGUCCUCCCCUCCCCUCCCCAGUCCCUCUGUAUCUUUUUUUCCUUGCACAAUGGCUUCACGCUUAGAACCAUCCCUCUCCCUUGGCCUGAUGAGAACUUCCUGUGUAGAGGCUUCCGUAGUUCUAGGCCAGAGAAGCCACCUCUGCAGUGUCCCCACCCCCAAUGGCUUUUUAUUCCCCCUUGUCCCAGGAAACGUGUGGCCUUCUGAACUGAGGAUGGCAUCUCUUUUUUUUCCCCUUGACUUGAGAGCUCCAGGGCAGGGAGUUCUUAGUCUUAGCCUUCCCCAACUUUGUGCUUUCCAGAUGUGUUGAGUACAGUCUUAGCAUCCAGGCUGGGGAAUGUUGGGAGUUGUAGUCACAACACAUUUGGAAGGCACAAGGUUGGGAAAGGCUACCUUAGACACAGAUUUGCAUCCUUGAAAUGCUUCUGUUGUUCUGCCUCUUUAAAUGAACCAGAAAACCUAGGGAGGGAUGGUUGGUCCUGGCACAGUCUGAAGUGCCCCUUAAAGGCGCCCCCUCCCAAGGAAUGUUAGUUGUAAGGUGGCAAACCCUGUGCAGCCAGAUUGUCUACAGCAUGGUGCAAGAAUGCAUUAAACCAGUAUCCCCCUCCUCAUUUUGGAGAAGGUUUUGGAAUGUGGCUGAGAUAGAUGGUAGGUCUUUCCUUGAGUAGGGGGAAGAGCUGUGGCUACUGCGGUUGUCUUUCAUAGGCCCCUGCUUGUCACGGCCUGUCAAGUAUUUCUCCCCAGGAAGAAUUGUCAACUUAUACAGUGAGUUCCUAUGACUGCCUGGUUUUGCAUUGCUGUAACUUGAAGAAGGGCAACAUGGCAUCGAGCGAGGCUUCUCCUUGAUCACCUGGAAGAGGGCCUCCUCGUAGUGGGAGGAGUGGUUGGAGUUGCAAAUGAGGCACGGGUGGACAGUUCUUGCACCCUCUCUGCAGAUACCUCUUCUCAGGCCUGGGGGAGCGCAGUGGGGCGCUCCUCUCCAUGCCCUACUGGAAGGUUGACCCAGGCAGGCAGGCUGAUGUUAUGUUGUGCUCUUCCCUGGCCCUUAUCCCCCCCUUACUAUGUAUGUUCUCACAUGUUCCUACACAAUUUAAAAGUGCCACUUCAGGAUGUUCUAUUACAUGGUUGGCAGCUUUUUGCUUUCCAGUGUUCUGCCAGAGUGGUCCUGAUUGGGUGGGGCUCCUGAGCCCUGACUGGCCUGCUUCACCUGCCUUUUCAGAAUGCUGAAAUGUGGAAGAUGUAUUCCUGUAACCUCACCCCUUUUAGCAGUUGGGUGUGCAUGACUCUGAGGUCUGUAGAUUCCCCCCCCCCUCUUAGUACAAUCCCAAUGGGGAACUGAAUGGGGCCACAUUUUCACACUGCCAGUAAAUGGAUUAAAGUCAUUCCGUUUUUCAGUUUCUCCUCUGACCCCAAUCCUGAGUUUUCUCUUAAGGCAAACCUGCCUAAAUUCAGCCUCCUGCUGUACAUUUAACCCAAAGUAAACAGAGGUUUGUUUGUUUGUUUAUUCUUAAAGAGGCUAAGAUGCCCUCUCCACCCACCCCACCCCGCUGGUGCUCAGUUUUUUGUUUUCUUUGCUUCUUGAACCUUAUCUAGCACCCUGAAAAUGCUGUCAGGGAUUUGGUGCUGCCCUGCACUUGGAGGCUGGAUGACCCAUUGAGGUACCACCACGGCAGUUUGUUGUCAUUCUUCCAACUCCUCUUUGAUGGGAUAGGAAGGAGGUGCUAUGUUUCUUAAAUCCCAACUCUUGGCAGGCUUGAUGUGGGAGCCAUUUUGCCACUGCAGGCCUGGCUGUCAGCUACAUGGUACAUGAGUUCAGGUACGUGACUGUGGGUGCAGGGGGCUGCUUUUAACUUGCUAGAUAAUCGCCUUUUGCAGCUGCUUAUGUAGAGGCUGGUUUGGGGUCGGUAAAUAAGCAGGACAGCAGUGUGUGUGUGACACAGACAGCCUGAUUUCUCCCUAUAGAAUUGCAGGAAUCCAUCCUAGGCAGAUCAUCUUGUUUCAUCUGAGGUCUGAAGCAGGGCGAAGUUCUGUAAGUGUAACCGAGGCUAGAGUGUGGCUUCACAUGCGCUAAAGCUAGUCAAGGGGACUUGCAGUCCCAGCGCCCCACUUUGCUUCUAGUCCUGCAUCUCCAUGCCUUAGAAGAGGCGGGUGGCUGCUGAUGACCUCUCAGUGAUUCUAGGUUCCCAUCUGCCCCAUUCCAGAGGGUUUUUAAUCUUUAAAAGAGAAGAGGGUUUGCUGUAAGGCAGGCUUUGGCCCUGGAAUGUGUGGGCAAAUGCUGUAACAGGCCCAUGCUGCAAGAGCAGUCAUGUUCCAUGAGGAAACGUGACAAUUUGGUUUCUCCCCACCCCCUUCAUUCUUGAAAAUUGCAAAAGGGUACUAUCUGAUUGAAAAGCUCUCCUACCCCCAAAAAAAUCAGCAAGAGGGCUGAGAUUGUCCAUUUCCGAGUCUUGAGCUUGGGGCUGGGGUAAAGAACAACUGGUAACAUCCUUUAUCUCUGCUCCCGUUACGCUGUGGCAGGAAGCGCUUGGAGGAGGAGGAGGAGCAGGAGGAGGCCGUCCCUGCUUGAGGCCCUGCCUUUAUGCACUGCUCUUAAUAUGCCUAUUUGGAAUUUUGGUUGUUUAUAGUCUCUUUCCUUUUCUAGCAUUUGUAUACAAGAGGGGGCCGUGAGCUGCCCCAUUCUGGAGGGAAGAUGCAGGUGGAAACUUGGAGGAAUGCCAAAGUCUAGUUUGUAUAUGUGUUCCGUGUGCCUUCUUUAAUUUUCAGGUGGUGAGAUGGCAACAAGCUUUGCUUGUAAAGAAGCUUCUGUUUUAGGGAACUUCUUUCCUCUUCUAAAAACGAGGAGUGGGUGGGAAAGCUGAGCCAAACAUCCUCCCCACCUGCACGCCUUGCACACCCUGCACUGAGCCUCUUGAGCAUGGGGUGGGGGUGGGGGCUGUGCUGGAAAGGCAGCGGCAGCCUCGGGCUCCCCUUUUGCAGAGGGGCUUCAUGCUCCGCCUGGCAUCCACACUUCGCUGGCAAAUCGUCUUACCCAAGCAUGUCGGACCCAUGUUGUAUGAGGUCACUGAGUCAUAUUGAAAGAGAAUCCUCUAAGUGCACCAUGAACCUGGGCUAGGACUCCAGAACACCAGAGAGGAAGUUGCUGGAUCAGGCAGCCUGGCCUAAAUAUUGCGAAGAGAAAGGGAGGACCAAAACCUCUGCGGAAGAUCUUGUGCUGGGUCUGGCUGGGGAGCAAAAGCAUUGUCUGCUGGACAUCCACAAGGGACGGGAGUCCACCAGCAGUGACCCCCAGAGCAAAGACUCUUCCAAGGCCUAAUGGAUAAGACUGGAUGCAGAUUGAAAUUUCACUUGUUAUUGUCCAGUAUAGGCUUGCAGGGCUGUGGAGCUUGCAAGCUUUCUUUUUUUCCCUACUGUGGAAAAAGGAAGUUUGAGUAAAUAAGACUAUUGUGUGGGGUCCUCCCGUUUACUGGUCUUGGCUGAAGGCAAAAAAGGAGUGCCCUUAAAGGCCGCUGGCGCUCAUGGCCAUUGAUUGCAGCGACAGAUAACGUGUUUACCAUGGAGCCCGGUAGCAGCCGCUUCAUCCAUUUGCUGGCAUUUCAGCAGAGAGAACGGCUGCAGAGUCUGCAUCUUCCCAGCUCUGGCUGACUCGGAGCUAGAUUUAUUAGAGUAAUCGUUUUGGAGAGGAGAGGGCGCUGCUUUUUCCUGGGUGCUGCAUAUGCCUUGCCUGGUCAGCAGAGAUCCUUUGUCAGUGUGGAUAGGAUGCUUUCCUUUUUCUUUUUUCCGUUCUCUUCUCCAGCCAAUACUUUAUUUUAACAGAUUGAAGUGCUUUCCACCCUCCCAAAGACACUUGUAUUUUGAGUACCUUGUAAAGAUCUCUUGAGGAGAAGGAGAUGCAUGUGAGUGUUGCAUCCAACCUAAGGGAGAUUUCACAAGUACAGUACUCUGCAGUUUGCUCUUGGAAGGCCAAGCGGUUGGAAUGGGCCUAGAAAAACUGGAAAUCUCAGACCCAGGAUUCUGAACGGACCUGUGAAUCCCCUCUUCCUCCAAGAACAUUUGGGUCAGGUUGGCCCACUCCUUUGAAGACAGGCACAUGCCCCCCACCCCGCCCCCGGGCCUGCCAGCCACAGCUCCAGUUUCCCUUAUAGUGCUUCUGUUUCCCUGGAGCCAUGGUGGCUGCAGAAGCUGUGAAUGACGAUCAUGGACGGGGCAGGGGGGAGGCAGGAAGCAGCAGCAAGCAUAGCGUCCACUGGAGCUCCUUUUCAGUUGAAGUGCGAUGCUUUUGAACCUGUCUUAGAGCUGCUGCGCUUCAAUGGGAGUGUGUUGAGGACUCAGGAGCUGGGUUAUUAGCAUCCUUAUUCUUUGAUCCAGGUCUUUCUGUUAUCUUCGUGUUACUUCCUUGAACAAAGAGAUAAUUUUGCGGGGUGCUUCUGUCAUAAAAUUUGUGAGAAGUGAUUCCUGGGGUGCCUUUAGGGAGUGCCUUGUUGAGAGAUUUUUUGAGUUACUCCAGAGGAAAGGCGUGAUCUUUAUUUUACCUCACUCCCUAAGCAAAUAUGGCUCAAUGUUGACCCAUCACACUCUAAGCUUGGGGGGAGAUAAAACAAUUCUUACCAAUAUUAAGGCAGAUUGCAGCUCUGAACUUUUGCAAACCAGUAAUUGGGUGUUUGGGACCGAUCUCUUUUUAUUCUACUGAUUGUACACAUCAGAUCUUGCGUCCCCUUUUGGAUUUGUGCCCCUGCUUGUUAAUGAGGCAUUGAUAUGCUUUCAUACAGCUGAUCUCUUGGGCUUUUAGGACAACCCAGAUGUAAGCUGCAAGGUAACAUGCCUAGGCUGGGUGGAAUCGAUUUUCUUACUGGUAAUUCAUCUGUAGCUUCGGCGUUAGUACAUGGGUGUGAAGGAGGAUGGUGUCUUUAACUGUCCCUUGCUUUAUGUCUUUAAUAAUUUGCAGUGAUUUUUUUUCUUUAUGGGUGUGUGUGUUUAAUAUCAAGCUUCGGCAAAGGAUAAAAAGCACAGAUGUCUUAUGUCUGAUUGCGUUGGCUUUGCAAAAAGGAUUCUUUCCUGGGUAUGGGUGAAAUGUUCUGGGUUUAUUUUUCUUCUCUUUCCCUUCACCCCCCUCCAAGUUUUGGUACAUUUAGCUGGGUUUUGUUUUUGUUUUUAUAAAUUGUGUUCACUUUUUUUUUUCCUCCCAGGAUGUCUGGUUGAGGGAAAUAUACUGAAAUCUACUGCCUGGCAGUUUUAACCAGCAGUGUGUUAAAAUAAAAUGAAAUUAUAUUGUCAUUCAAA